AUGACUACAAGCCCCCUCCGCCGCCCCCGCCACGACAUUGGGACGAAUAUUACUAUAGCUACAGGAGACCCCCUCCGCCUCCACCGCACCACGGGCCUCCACCGCCCCCGCCGCCUCCGCACGACGGAAGGCAUCCCCGACAUCCUGAUGAUUUCGGGCCCCCUGACCAUAGACCUCCUCCACCGCCACCGCACCACAGGCCUCCCCCUCCCCCGCCGCCUCCGCACGACGGAAGGCAUCCCCGACAUCCUUAUGAUUUCGGGCCCCCUGACCAUAGACCUCCUCCACCGCCACCGCACCACGGACCUCCCCCGCCGCCUCCACACGAUGAAAGACAAUCUGGAUACGGUCCACCAGACCGUAGACCACCGCCUCCAGGACACGAUGGACAUCCACCUCCGCCGCCGCCUCCACACGAUGACGAAAGACGAUCCCGAUAUUCUGAUGAUUAUGGUCCACCCCACCAUAGGCCCCCUCCUCCACCACCUCCUCCAUACGACGAAAGAGAACCCCGACAUCCUGACGAACACGGUCCACCACACCAUAGACCACCGCCUCCACGACACAAUGGACAUCCACCCCCACCGCCGUCUCCACAUGAUGAUGAAAGACAACAUCGAUAUUCUGAUGACUUCGGUCCCCCACACCAUAGGCGUCCCCCUCCACCGCCGCCCCCACACGAUGAAAGACAAUCCCGAUAUCCUGAUGACUUCGGUCCACCUCACCAUAGACCUCCGCCUCCACCGCACCAUGGCCCUCCAGGUACUGAAGACUAUAGACAACCUCAUGACCAUCGUGGGUCUCCACCGAAUGGCCAAGAACCACCUGGUGAUAACAGGCAUACUGGUAGACCUGGACCACACGACAAUGGGGAGCAACCAGGCUAUGAAAAUACAGUAAAUGAACAGAUUCUUCAAAACCUUAAACUCAUUUUCAUGGAAGGUAUUAAUAAUGCUCCGCAUGGUCAAACUCAAAAUGACACAACAGAUGUAAAAGUAUCGAAUGCAGAGAUUUCUAAACGCAGAGGUGGACA